AUCACAUCAAUCAUCGGCUUUUGUUUACAUUCGGCAUUUUUUGUGUGAAGUUUUUAAACUUUCACAAUGCCUGGUACAAUUUUGGAAAAUUUGAGUACUAAAAAGUUGAGUGUUUUGCUCAGUGUUUUCCUAUUAAGCCAGCUGGCAUGCUUCCUGUUAGGUUUAAUAGCUCCGAGUCCUGCGAGAACUCAAACAAUAUUGGCUACCGUUUGUGUAGACGAGGAUCCUUUAUCUUCCCGGGACGAUGCAGAUCAAUGGUUCACAAGGCAAUGUCGCAAAACUGUAAAUUUGGAAGAUCCAAAAGCGACUGAUGGUUUAGAUGCCAACAAUUUGGUAUUCGUUGCCGAAAUGCCGUUGCACGGUUUGGAUUACUCUCGCUGGCAACAAAAUCUAGUUGGCAUUUUGCAAAUUGAUAUGUAUUACCAGAAGGAGCAAAAAAUUUCUAAUCCGUUGGUCGAAUUAACGCUUGAAUCCCGAUUGGCAUACAGCGAUAAAACAUCCAAUGGAGGUAAAACGCCUUGGAAAUAUUUCUCUCACGCGGAGGAAAAACGGUACAUGAAUUGCUCGUUCGAUGAAAACGCCAACAGAGGGGAAGGUUACCAGUAUGAAUGCACCAUGGUUUCACUAUUUGAAUUAGGAUCGUUGUUCCACGAUUAUUAUCUGUUAAAUUUACGUUUACCUUACAAUUCUACGAGCAAUAAGAAUACUGCAUUAGGGAGAAUACACGACAUUUACUUGCAUACCAUUUACAUGAACGGUGGUUUUACUAAAGUUUGGGUCAGCUUGAAAACGGUAUUCUUUCCCAUACUAGUAGCAAUAAUGACAUGGUUUUGGCAUAGAGUUCACAAAUUGAAUCGAACUCCUGUUCUGUUGGAAUACAUGUUAAUUACUGUAGGUGGUACUCUGACGUUCCUUAAUCUACCCAUAGAAUUUCUCAGUUUGUUUUUCGAAAUGCCCUACAUGCUGUUGUUAAGCGACAUUCGACAGGGAGUAUUUUACGCCACACUGCUGUCUUUUUGGCUGAUAUUCGCAGGAGAGCACAUGCUGAUUCAGGACACGGCAGAAAGGAACACUUUAAGAAAAUACUGGAAGCAUCUGAGUACAAUCAUCAUCGGAUGCUUGUGCUUGCUCAUUUUCGAUUUGUGCGAACGCGGCACUCAGUUGGUCAAUCCGUUUUACUCCAUUUGGGUGACUCCCAUCGGCACCAAUCUAGCUCUGGCCUUCAUCAUACUCGCUGGGAUAUCGGCGGGAUUGUAUUUCUUCUUCUUGUGUUUCAUGGUCUGGCGGGUGUUUAAAAACAUCAGCAUAAAGAGAUCCGUUUUGCCGAGCAUGUCCCAAGCUAGACGUUUGCAUUACGAAGGUUUCAUCUACCGUUUCAACUUCUUGAUGUUGGCUACGUUGAUUUGCGCUGCAGUCACCAUAGUUUCUUUCAUACUGUCCCAAGUGGACGAAGGGCAAAAUAAAUGGGACGAAACAAUGGAUUUGGAAUUAUCUUCAGUUAUCCAUACCGGGGUGUACGGGAUGUGGAACAUAUACAUUUGCGCCAUGUUGAUUUUGUACGCUCCUAGCCAUAAACAGUGGCCGUCUGAUGUGGCCUGUACAGAAGGAGAGGAGGUGGAAUUCAGCAGGAUACCAAACGAAUCUACUUCUAAUGAAAUCUCUGCCUUGACCACCUUCUCUACCAAAGCCAACCUCGAUUAGGUGACUAGUUUCUUGUGCAAUUCUACAAAUUGACUUCAGUCGAUAUAUAAUUUUUAACUUAUUGGAUUCGAUUGGUAAUGCUUCCAUUUUAUCAAUUAAUCACUUAUAUUAUUCGUAAGUCAUGAUAUUAAUCAAUGGCGCUUUUGAUAUUAAUUAGAUUAGAAAAUACGACUUCUUAAUUAAAUAACUUGACUAAUGUAGUAGUGAUACUUACAUUUAUGCAUUUCCUACAUAAAGGCCAUAUUACUUAAAUUUAGCUUGUAGUUGGUAACUUAUUACUAGUAUUGUAAUUUUUUAUGUCAGUAUAUGAACAAUCCAGUAUUGUAUUUAUUUUUUU